AUGCAGAUUUCAGACGACUUGGAGGAGGAGAUGAAAAACCGCGAAAGCCAGACAAAAUGGGACAGCUAUAAGCAGGUCAUCACUGCCGUCUCCGCUUAUUGGCAAGUUUUUGAAAGAAAUUCUUAGAAAUGGCAUUAAAUUGUGUUUUUAAAGGGUCUUCUCAAUUGGAUUAGUAUUUCUGAACAAGUAUCUACUGUCCAGUGUCAAGGUAAGUUCUCAGCUUUUCAAUUCAAAGUGCUAAGCUCAUAGUUUUGCAGCUCGACGCGCCGCUCUUCAUCACCUGGUACCAAUGCCUGGUCACCGUUUUUCUCUGUCUUCUCCUCAGUCGAAUCUCGAAGACGUACGGAACAUUCAAGUUCCCCUCAAUGCCACUCGACGCCAAAAUCAGUCGCGAAGUUCUGCCGCUCUCCGUCGUCUUCGUCGCCAUGAUCUCCUUCAACAAUCUGUGUCUCAAGUACGUCGGCGUCAGCUUCUACUACGUCGGCCGCAGUCUGACCACCGUCUUCAACGUCGUCUGCACCUAUCUGAUUCUCGGACAGAGGACGUCGGGAAAAGCGAUCGCCUGUUGUGCGCUCAUCAUUUUUGGAUUCUUGUUGGGGGUCGAUCAGGAGGGAAGCUCCGGAUCUCUAUCCUACGUCGGAGUGGUCUUCGGAGUCCUGGCCAGUCUCUCAGUGGCUCUGAAUGCGAUUUACACCAAGAGGUUUGAGCUUUGAAGCUAAAAUGAGCACAUCACAAAAUAAUUUGUUCUUUGCAGAGUGCUCUCCUCCGUCGGUGAUUGUUUGUGGCGUCUAACCAUGUACAAUAACCUGAACGCGCUCGUUCUCUUCCUCCCGCUCAUGCUCUUCAACGGCGAGUUCGGAGCCGUCUUCUACUUUGACAAUCUCUUCGACGUCACCUUCUGGAUUCUGAUGACGAUCGGCGGCGUGUUUGGCUUCAUGAUGGGCUACGUAACGGGAUGGCAGAUUCAGGCGACGUCGCCGCUCACUCACAACAUUUCCGGAACCGCGAAGGCGGCCGCACAGACCGUGAUGGCUGUCGGCUGGUAUUCGGAAGUGAAGACUGGCCUCUGGUGGACCAGCAACUUUGUCGUGCUGUUCGGCUCGGCAAUGUAUACGUACGUUCAGAAGCAGGUGAUGGACAAGAAGAACGCCGGAGCGUCGGCAUCCAGUCAGGCCAAAUCGGACGAGAUCAAGCUCCUCGGAAGGAAUGGAGAAGCCGAGGAAUCAGUCUGA